GGGAAUUUACGUGUAGUGAUUUUUUCUUUCUCCUUUCCUAUAUUUCACAACACACUCUUCUUGUCAAAAGGCAUAAAUACUCUGGAAUUCAGAUGAUCUCAUCAGAGAUUGAAGGAAUUCAUGUGAUAGAAGAGUGCAUUUAUUUUCAUCAAACAUUUGGGUCUACUUGUUGCAACACACCAAUAAUGGCUGGGUUGGAUAUUCCUCAGAUUAUUAAGACUUUGGUCAAUGAAAGUGGACAGUUUAAUCUGCAUGGACGAACCAUUGUCUACAAAGCAGAAGGGAGAGUACACAAGUUUAAAUGGGUCUAUGACGGAACAGCAUGGGAUGUAGCCAGUGGAAUCAGCGUGAAAGAUAGACACUACUCCAGUCGACAUGGAGCAAUCGAGCAUGCUGUCGCGAAGCUUUUACCAGAGUUACAGGCCAAAGGAUUACUUCCAACUUAGUUUAUCGAUUCGAUGAGACGCUGGGGGAGAAUGAUCAGUCAUAUUGAGUGUGCUUCUUUGAUCAUGUUGAUAGGUGGAUCUUUCGAGCCAAAUCCCUUUACUGAUAUCGCAUUAGCCCCUAUAUUGUAGCGAAUGGUAUGAAAGUUCAUUUAUGUCAAAGGCUUUAAAAAGUUCAAUCAAUAGGGCCUAUAUGGUUAAAAUUUGACUUAAAGGGGGUAAUCAAGGCUAAACAGAAUAUGAUAUGAACAGAUUCAGUAAAAGCAAAACACUCAAAAUUGCUCAUUUUCAGGUCAAUUUUUCAACAACAAAAAAUCAGCUCGCGCUUCGCGCUGACAUUGUUUACCUUACGAAAUAACUAUAGUCUUGUUGUAAAGCUAACAUAUACUUAAAGUUCGGUCUUCAAGACUACCGAUCCGCUCUGGUGUACAGAGCAUGGAGAUCAUGGACCCCCCCCCCCAAAAAAAAAAAAAAAAAAAAAAAAAACGGUUCACGAUCGUGAAAGAAGGAGAAACGAAAGAAUGGGAAAAAGGGUGAAAUGUGAUUAUAUUUCAAAAUAUCAUGUUGAAAUCUAUCACCAAAUUAAAUUUUGUAUUAAAAGGGUCAAAAUUUUUGCUCGCUCGCAGCUCUCAAUAAAUUUUGCCCUUUACGCUAUGUCUGGCCCUAUAGAAAAAUUUAGACUCAUACUUUCUAACCUUUAAAAAAAGAAAUCCCUCAAAGAGAACAAUAUUUGUGUCAGUCAUUCCCAAACACUAGCGUACCUACGGAGGGGGGGGGCAGAGGGGGCAGUCUUCCCCCCUGACGAGCCACAGCCCAUGCAAAGGACAUAUCCCUGCCCCCCUGACGAGCUUGAAAGACCUUUUUUGCCCCUCCUGACGAGCUUGAAGACCUUUAUUGCCCCCCCCCCUGACGAGCUUGAAGCUCUUUUUUUUAAUCUUUUUUUUUUGUACGAAAUCUUUCAUUUGUGAUUGAAGACUUUUUUUUUUUUUUGCUUGUCAAAUUUUUUUCUGGUACGAAAUCCUUCAUUUGUGAUUGAAGACCUUUUUUUUUUUUUGCUUGUCAAAUUUUUUGGCGGAUGGUUUUGCCCCCCCCCC